AUGAUCCUGGACGCGAUUCGGUGGAUGGAUGCGUCGAUAGUGAAUCCUGUUGCGACGCGAUUGGCCGGAUCUGUGGCCAACCCGGCCGUGCUGAGCUUCUUGCUGUGGGACCGACUAAAGACACUGACGCCGCAGCACGCACGUGAUUUGAUGCGGCUACUGUCCACCGCAGUGGCCAAUGCCUUGGGUGUUCUUAGUGCUGAGAGGGGCAAGCAGCUCGGAGUCAGCUCCAAGCAACUGCAGAAGGACUUUCUGCGAGCUGCCAGUAGCCGCAGCGGUCGAGAGGUGGUGUUAAAUACCGUGGCUACAAUGGCUAAGGUGGCGCAGGCACUCAACACACCCGAGACCAAGGCAGCUACGCAGCAGCUGUUUCAGACGCUGCAGUCCGUGGUGGACUUCUUUGCAAGCUACGAUGGACGACGCAUUAUUUCGAGUACUGGCCAGUGUCUUACUAGUGUUACUGAGGUGACAGCGUCACCUGAAGCCUCCAUUUUCUUGGCGGAACUAGCCACGAACAUCUUGCACACGCUCGAAAGUGAGGCGAAACGGCAACAUUCGAGUAGUGCUAAAGAGGAGGAGGAAGUGAAGGAAAAGAAGGAGGAAGAACAAGACGGGCGAGAACGGGAGGUUGAUCAGGAGCUACCGCGUGAGACGGAGGCGGACCAUGAAAGGGAUCAUAACGAUUCGUACUCACCGGCCUCUUCGAUGGCUGAGACGCGGCGGAGUUUCGACACGGAAUCCAUGCCAUCGUCAGCACCUGGAACUCCUACAAUAGGGAUGUUUACGCCUCACGAACCGGCACACGGACCUAUGUCGUCAUCAUCCUCCAUGCUACCAGGAUCGCGACAUCAGGCGCUGAGAUCGCCGCCCGCAGAGAAAAGUAAAAGCUACCGCUCGGCACGCAUUGAAAAGGAGGUGUUGCUGAAGUUGGGACGUCGGCGUGAAGAGGCAGAGAUCUUUUCGAGCUUAGUAGUGCCUGAGUCGGCGGACGCGGAUAUCACGCACGCGUUUGGCAAUGACGAGGAUGAAGAAAAAACUGACGAUGUCACCCACGGUAACGAAGGAGUGUCGGACCCGACAUCAGAAUUGCUUCCUGAAUGGCACGAGGAGCCGCUGCGGGAGGCACUUCGCCGUCGCCACGCCCACGCUGAAGCAUCAAUGAAGGAACGAGAUUCUGCACAUCGUCAAGCUCGCGAGAUGGCGGCGGUGCUGGCUCGACGCAAUAUUGAGCAUGGAGACCUCCAACCUGGCGAUAUCGUGGCUUACCGGAUUAUAGCCCGGAUGAUCGUAUGCGGUGCGGGUCUGUCCUUGCUGCUGUCGGGGUACCUGCUCAGUCGGAAGCUCUUUGGUUGA